AUGCACGCACGACUCCUCCCCCUCGCCGCUCUUGCGGUAGGCCUUGUCAACGCAACUCCCAUCUCCCAAUCCCUACCUCCUCCGUCGGUUCUCGAACAACGUCAAACACUAGCGACGAGUCCAGGCGCUAUCGCUUGCAGCAACCUUGCCACAAGUCUUGGGGCAAGCAAAGUGCAGCAGCCCAUCAGUCUUGAGUACCAGACAUCCAAGUUCAAAUAUUGGAAUGCGGUGCAGUCAAAGUACAACCCGACUUGUGCCAUCUAUCCCACCUUCGCGCAAGAUGUAUCGGUGGCACUCAAAGUCAUCAAGGCCGCAAAGUCGAGGUUCGCCAUCAAAGCCGCAGGACACAACCCAAACACUUUCUUCUCGAGCGUCGAUCAAGGUGUGCUCAUCGACCUAAACUCCAUGACAACGAGGACAUAUGAUGCGUCCACCACUAUCGGGACCUAUCAGCCGGGUGGUACCUUUGGCGAUGUGUACAACUACUUCCAGCAGUACGGUCGUACUGUUGUUGGUGCUCGAUUGGCAGGUGUCGGAACCGGCCUUGCUCUGGGUGGCGGCUUGAGCUACCUCUCUCCUCAGUACGGCCUGGCAUGCGACAGCUUCAGGGAGCUAGAGGUCGUCCUUCCGAAUGGCAAGAUCGUGACCGCAUCGCCAACGCAGAACUCUGACCUCUUCUUCGCUGAUCGCGGUGGAGGAGGCAAUGCUUAUGGUGUGGUUACCAAGUACACCAUACAGACAAGGCCUUCAGGCACGUUCUACGCUGGCAACAUCAUCUACCUGUUCAACAACUCCGCCGUCCUCGAAGCGAUCCGUAACUUUGUUGAGUACAACACGGAUCCCAAGGCAUCUAUCAUCGGCACAUACGAGAAGUUGAGCACACCAUCCGUCGGCGCCCUUGAUCUGGAUCAAGCAAUCAUCAUGUUCCUCGUGUAUGACGGGCCAAACUCGGGAGACGCCUUCAAGAACUUUACCAGUAUCCCGCACCUGCUGAACACGCUCGGGCCAAAGUCAUACCCAGAAGUGGUCAACAUGCCAAUCCCACUCUCUACCGAUAUCAGCAGAGGCGACAACAUCUUCCGAGUCCAAGUCCACCGCGUCAACGACCAGUCCUACCAACAAGCUUUCGACGCAUGGGAGAAGUGGUGCGAGACCAACAAGGGCAAAUACAUCCUGUCCUCGCUGGACUUCCAGCCAAUUCCAAAGUCUCUGACAGACGCAUCAAAGUCACAAAAUGGCGGUAAUGCAAUGCAAAUGCCAGAUGGACCAUGGUUCUGGCUCAACUACCUCAUCUCAACACCACCGACGCUCACGUCGUCACAGUACGAUGCUGUACAGGCAAGCUUCCGAGACAUGGUUAACUCUGUGCCGAAUGCUGCUGGCUUGCCACUGUUCAUCAAUGACGCAAACUACGACCAGAAUCCGUUGAAGACAUUUAGCACCUAUUCCAGGCUGCAAAAAAUCAAGAAGAAUUAUGACCCAGAUAACUUCUUUGCGAAAUAUACCGGUGGAUGGAACUUCAACGCAUAG